CCGUGCGCUCACAUCCGAGGCGGUUUCGGCGGUAAACACCGGCAACGGGGGUUGGUUGCGAGGUGGUUCGGCGAUUUCGCUUAGGGUUCGAAAACAGAGAUGGGUGGUGACAGCUUACCUGAAGGCUGGGAAAAGAAGACGAGCAGGUCAAAUGGUAAGCUUAUAGAAUUAGGUCAGGUAUAUUACCUGAACAAAUUCACCAAAGACAGUCAGUGGGAGGUGCCCACCGAGCCUGCACGCGGCGCCGGCGACGCUGGCGGCGAAGGCCCAGCCAAGGUGCAGGCCUCCCACCUACUGGUCAAGCACCGCGACUCGCGCCGGCCCGCUUCCUGGCGCGAGGACCCCAUCACCCGCUCCAAGGAGCAGGCACUGGAAAUCCUGCAGGAUUACCGUGAGCGGAUCGUGUCCGGCGAGGACACGUUCGAGAACCUGGCCUCGCAGUACUCCGACUGCAGCUCCGCCAAGCGCGGCGGCGAUCUGGGACCAUUCGGGCGCGGCGCGAUGCAGAAGCCGUUCGAGGACGCCGCUUUCGCGCUCGAGGUGGGGGAGCUGAGCGAGCCCGUCUGGACCGACUCCGGCGUGCACAUCAUCAAGAGGCUGGCGUAGGUCGGCCGGCACGGCAGUCCACGCGUGCCCCGCCCUCCCCGCGGCCGGCGCCGCUCGGCUCGGCGCCACGGGACAGCUCGUCACCAGAAGGCAAUCCGGCGGCCAGGCCGACGCCGGGCAGCAUUCCAGCGCGGGCCGAGUGACGGCUGAUGGAGCGGCAGCCGUGCUGGGCGCGCGUGGCGGUGGCGAUGCCAGUCAGGCCUGCUUCUUCGUGUCGGCGAAUUGGCUGUCUGUGACGGACGGAUUCCCUCGUUUGGUGGUUUCCCGCUCGCGCGCGGUACUUUGACCGUUCCCUUGAUGCGGCGCUUUUGAUUCGUCUGUGCGGCAUCAUGUGUGUGUCUGUUCGGCGCCGACUCCACCUCCAGGUCAUGCAAUCGCGACGUUGAUCGGCCGGGCGGGCUGGGCGUGACGCCGGCGCGCGGCACGGCCGGCUCCACACGGCCCGCGUUAGCGCGUGACGCGCCGGGCGCUGAUGCCCCGAGGUCAUGCACCGGGAGCCGGCCGAGGGUCUCGAGCCGAGCUGCGGUGGCCCAGCCCCGGUGCCGUCGUCGGGACCGGCCCUCGGUCGAUGCUGUAAGCUCCCGUGGCGUCGGUGUUCGAGGCGUGGUCCUGGCGCUCAUGCUCUAAGCGAAUCAGCGCUGCUGCUUCCCAGAAUACACAUCGUUACCGUC